UUUCUUUCCUUUGUGCCAAAUUCCCAAAAAUGAAUUCGAAAUAAUAUUUUCGAAUCCCUUGCACAAAGACACAGAGAUUCACUUCACUCAUCAAUUCCUUCGCGCUCUUCUCACUUCUCACACAACAUUUCGACGUCUCCACUCUCAUCAAUCUUUCUCCCGACUAUGGGUCCUUCAAAGAACAACCGUACAAUCUCACAAGAAGCAUUCGAAGGAUUAGUAAAAGAGAACAUGGAAGAUCUAGGAAUGGAUCCAGAUGAGGCUCUACAAGACGCUAUUGAAACCCUAACUUUACAAGGAGUCAACCUCUCUGGUAUUGUUACUUGUAUUCCUGGUAGUAUCAAUGAUAAUCCUGUUAUUCAAUGCUUAGAUAGAUUAAGAGAUAUUGAUUUGAAAAUGAAGUAUCAAGAAGAUGAUGAUGAUUUGUCCAAAGCUGGAUACGAUGAAAUGGGAGAAAUUUUGGUCAAAUUGAAAGAUAUGUGUUCUACUGAAGGAUCUGGGAAUGCGACUAUUGCUGUUAAGAAUGGUGGAUUAGAUCUGGUUGUUCUAAUCUGUUCUAAGAUUCAAAUUCGGCAUGAACACUGUCUUGUUUCUGCUUUGAAUGCAUUGUCUUCUUUAAUCUACGAUCCUUCAUGUACGGAAAUAUUUCGAACAAAUGGUGGAGUGAAGAUCGUGAUGAAUAUCAUGAAUGAUGGUGGUCAAAAUGUUAGCAUCCUGAAUAGUGCUUUCUCAGUUGUUGCUGCUGCUUCAACUGGUAAUGAAGUAGUGAAGGAGUCAUUCAUGGAGUUGAAAAUUGAUGAGUUUCUCGUGAAAAUCUUGAGUGAAAACUCUAAAUAUAGCAUCCCAAGUGCGUAUGAUGCCAUACGGAUACUAUUAACACCUGAUGAUGGCCGAGUAGUGGCUUCUCAAGUUUAUGGAUAUGCUCGCAAGUUUGCUGAGGUUGGAAUUGCUGGAGUGCUUGUGGAUUCACUUCAUGAGGGAUUUAGCUCUCCAAACUUGCUUUCAGCUUGUAUCGCUUUGAAGGCUGUUGCUGUCAAUGAUGAAAUAUGCAGAUCAAUUGCAGACAACGGAGGCAUCAAUGCGACCUUUCAGUGUAUUGAAGAUAGCGGUGAACAAAACAACAAAGCUGUGGCCAAAGCUUGCUGCUCAUUAAUGUCUAAGUUGGCAGGCAGUGAUGCAAACAAGAGUGCAAUUGUCCAUAUGGGGGGAAUGGAUAAACUAAUCAAACUGUCAUCUCGAUUUUCUGAUGAUCCCUUAGUUCUGCAAGAGGUUAUGUCCAUUAUAUGUGUGUUAUGCUUGAGGUCCCCAGAGAAUGCUGCGCGUGCAAUUGAGGCUGGAGUUGGAGAUUUCGCAAUCCAAUCCAUGCAGAAGUUUCCUGCUGCACAGCAGAUGCAAAAGCAAUCAUGUCUCAUGAUCCGAAAUCUUGUUGCUAGGAACCCAGAAAACAGAACGAUUUUGCUUGCCAAUGGGAUUGAGAAGAUCAUAAGAAAGGCUAAAGAAAACCAUGUGAGCUGUAAGGCUGCUGCUACUGAUGCAUUGAGAGAUCUGGGACUAGAUAAUUACAAUUCAUAGACUUUGAUUCUUGUUUCAUUUCAGUAAUUUACCCUAUUUUCCUUCCAUUUUCAUGGUGAGUCAAUGUGUGUCAUGUGUUGUGGUUUUUGUUCUAUCAAGUUUUCAAGCAUGGCAUGUUGUGCCAACUGUACCAGUUAUCUUAAGGAAAUGUCCAAGAUUCACAUCCCUCCAGUUUUGUUUAAGGAAAUGUCCUGUAAGGCUGUAAAUAUUAUGCAGUUAGUUGAGAUUAAAAUUGUGCAAAUAAA